AUGGAGGCAAUGCGUCAGAAUCUGGACACAAACAUCGCCGUGGACCCCAACAGAUGGCGAGCAGACGCCCAAAUAGCCGCUCUUAGGGAUAGGAAGAAAAAGAUGAAUGCCAAAAGCUUCAACCCACAUCAUACGGUACGCAAUGAAAACCAGGGAGAAACGGACCAGGAGGAUGUACAAUUUGAAUUAGAGCAAGCGAGGAAGAAAAAAUUCAACCAACAUGUUACAGUGGCGCAGGACGGGGACGAGCCUGGGUUAGUAAGUCCCAGCGAAUCGGACGAUACAGAGGAUGAUGAGGACGAUUUCCAUGAAGACGAUGAAGUCGACAAUGAGGGACAUGGGCAUGGAAACGGGCGUAGACAUCGACGUCCACAUCCUCUCCGACGGCCUCAUUUCGAAGAAGAAAAAGACGACGAAGACGACGAGGAAGACCAGGCAAAGUUGUGCACACCCACACACAACCUCACGCUCAUACGCACCGCCGCGGAGCUCAUCGAACUCGACGUGAAACUGCGCAGUACGCACCCGGGCCUCAAAAUCCCAUCGCUGCCCAUCGACCCCGCCGGUCUGCCCCUCGCGCAGCAGAAGAAGGGGAAGGAGAAGAAACGAAAGUCGACGUUUUUGAACACGCUUUCGCGGCUGGCGUCGCCUGGGGGUGGCAAGGGGAUGGGGAUGAGUAUGGGCAUUGGGAUCGGGAAGAAAGGGGGGAAUACACCGCUUGUGAUGGCUCCUGCCAAGUAG